AGAUUGUAAUUACUUAAUUGUGUAAUGUGUUGUAAACUUCGAACUUGUAACUAUAUGAUAUAACUAAUAACUAUAAUAAGCUCGACAUUUGAAAACUUUACUUUGAUUUAACUACCAGCCAACAACAUUAAAACACUUAUUUAUUAUAAUUAGUAUCAUGUAUUCGAUGAAUAUAUUCCGACAAACAUCUACAGUACGCUUGUCAAUCAAACAAUGUACAAUACAGCUAAAUAAAUAUAAAUCCACAGAUUCCAAAAAAGAUUUAAAAGAAGUAAUUAAAAUGAAAACACCAAUCGGAAAAUUAGAUGAAAUUGAAGCUGGUAAACAUCCAUUUCAAGAAAAAGAGCCUUUGAAAGAAUGGCCUGAAGGUCGUAAUCCAGCAACAGGGGAAAAAAAUGGCCCAAAAGGACCUGAACCAACUAGAUAUGGCGAUUGGGAGAGAAAAGGAAGAGUGACGGAUUUUUAAAUUCAAUACACAUGUAUAAUAUAAAUCAUUUAUUUAUAAUUAAAUAUCUAUAGUAGGUAAAUUGUAAAUUAUAUUUUUAAGAUAAUAGUAAAAAAAAACUAAUGCAUUUUGCUUCUUGAUGAAUAGUUUAUGUUAAUAAAAAAAAACUUUCUAAUACUAA